AUGCGCUUAUUAUUCAUACUCGCAAUUUUCGGCAAAUUGUCGACGAUGCCGAUUGAGCCCAUCGUGGCGCCGAUGACGGAAUUGGUGGCUCCUCAGCAGCAGCAGCAGCGGCGACACAUCACGAACAGCGUCGAGCCGCUGAUCGACGCGAAUGGCGACGGCGAGCUCGACAUCGACGAGGUCCGCUACGCGGCGUUCGUCCAUCACGGCCUGUCGGCGUCGGUCGUUGAGGGCAUGUUCAAGCAGGUCGACGCGAAUCGCGACGGUGUGCUCGACGCGCGCGAAUUCGACGCCAUCCGGCCGUUGGUGCUCGAGAAGGCCGAAAACGCGGCGCUUCGCUACCUUCAGAACGUCGACACCGAUCGCGAUGGGCUCUUGUCGUUGUCGGAAGCGCAAGCCUAUCUGCUCCGAGAGUACGGCAUCGGGAAUCGCGAUGUGACGCGACUCUGGAAGCUGGUGACGCCGAACGUUGCCGAUCGUUUGAACGCCACCAUGUUCAGCCGAUUGAGGCGACGGGUUCGCGGAAUGACGAUCCGAUUGGCUAGGCAGAUCAUGAAGGCGGGCGAUCUGAACGGCGACGGUCACAUAUCGGUCGAUGAAGCGCAGGCGAUCGCGUUCGAGCAAGAGGGCAUCGGCGCCGGCGAUGUCGCCUCGAUGGUCGGAAGUGUCGAUGAGAAUAUGGACGGCGAGCUGAACGCGCCCGAAUUCGCCGAUUUCGAGCGAAUCGUGCGAGCGCGCGCGUUGGAGAAUAGCAAGAAGGCGAUGAGAGUCGUCGAUGCUGACAACAGCGGAACGUUGACGUUGGAUGAAGCCAAGAAGGUGGCGUUCGAGCACUAUGGUUUCGAUGAAGCCACUCUUGCGCCAUUCUUCGCGCAAGCCGAUGAGAACGAGGACGGCCAAUUGGACAUCGUUGAGUUCGCCGGCUUCCGAACCGUCAUCCGUCAGCGGUCCGUCAAAGACGCGACGACGAAACUCGAGAGCAUCGACACCAACGCCGACGGUCUUGUGAGCGUCGACGAGGCGAUCGAGAUGACGAAGCGCGAGGACGACAUGGCCGAUGAGGAGACGAUCGCUCUGUUCAACAUCGCCGAUCAGAACAAGAGCGGCAAAUUGGACAAAGUCGAGUUGGCCGACUUCAAUCGGCUCGUUCGAUUGAGCUCGAUCAAGUUCGCCGCCGAUCACUUCAAGGAGUUCGAUCUCGACGGCAACGAUGUCGUCACAUUCGAGGAGUUGGCGUUGCUCAUCGAGCAGAAGUACGGAAUUCCCGAGAAUAUCAUCAAAGGGUUUUUCGAGCGAAUCGACGUCGACGCUUCCGGCAAUUUGGAUCCCGCCGAGAUUGUCGACUUCAGACAUCUCAUUCGAAACCAUGUGACGCAGAAUAAAAAGCCUGAGCCCACCACCACCACCAUCACCACCAUCACCGCCACCACCACCAUCGGUACAACAGCACCUGUCACCAGCAGCACGCCAGCACCUGUUAGGGUCACCGAGGCGGCGAUCAUCGACGGCAUCGCCAACGACGUCAUCGCUCAGGACAUCGCGGCUCCCAGCACGAAGCACCGCGUUACGACCACUACACCAGCCACCACAACGACGUCCACCACCACCACCACCAUCUUCACAGCAACGGUCGCCCCAAGUACGGUAGCGAUUGAGAGCACGGUGACACGAAAGCGAAAUGGCAAAUCGACGACAACUGCCGGCAGCAUUGCGACCAGCACUACUCCGAAACAGGAAGUCGUUAUCGAGGAGAUCGUUUAUGAGGAUGAGAAUGGCAAUCCGAUGACGCCUAAAAUGCGUAAAAACGAGGACGUCUCUUACGAGGAGGUCAUCGAGUAUGUCGACGAGCCAGCCGCUGCCACAACGAGCCCCUAA